AUGGCGUCGUCAGCGUCACUCAAGGACCUGUCCAAAGCCUUGACCUCUUUUCUCUCCGCUUCACCCUCCCUGCCGCUCCCCGAUGACGUCGCCGAGGUUAUCUACGCCUAUCUCAACAAGCACGAGAAGUACGACGACUCGAGUUCCGAAAGGCUGCAAGAUGAACUCCUCAGCAUCUACGACAAGCACGUCAGGGGUGCGCCGUCCAAAUAUGCCGUUUUCAUGAACAUCUUUCGCCUUUUGGUGCCUGUGAUUCGUUUACCAGCCCGCCUUUUCAAAUGGUGGGAUGUUCUAAAUGAUACGGUCCUAGAACACUUCACUCGGGAGAAGGGCCUGAUGGAGGAGUCUCAUAAAGCCACGGUUGAGGUUUUGAUGCUGGGAGUACCCGAGAACGAUGAUUCGACCGCCGAACCCGUCGUGAACCCGUUUGCUAAACGACUGUUAUCGACAUGGUUGAAGAAAUAUUACAAAACGCAAGCCGAAGGCGAUUUGGCUGGAAAGUCCAGCGAGCGAGCAAUUCGCCAGGCUCUCGUCACUUACGGCAAGAAGCGGCCCAAGGAUUUCCUUUUCACCUUGGAUAAGUUCUUCGUUCGUAGCGAAUAUCGAGCAAGAGCCGCCAAGCUCCUUGGUGAGUUUGUGCAGAGCCAACCACCACAUUUGCACCAGAUAUUACAGACCCCAUUAUUCAACAACCUGUUGCGAAGCCUGCAGCAGGAUACCUCGACCACAGUCAUAUCUGUGGCUAUCACCGCUCUGAUCAUGAUAUUGCCACAUAUGCCCAGUUCUCUGGUGCCACACCUUCCAAACCUGUUCAACAUCUAUGCACGUUUGCUGUUUUGGGGCAGUGAAAGGACUGGGCCCAUAGAAGCUACAUCAGAUGAAAGCGAGCAGAAGAGUCUGGCGUCGCCCUCCGGAUGGGAAACAUGCACUUUCUCACACGAGACAGACAACGUUGACUUACCUCACCUCGCCAACUACUUUACUAUCCUCUAUGGAUUAUAUCCCAUUAACUUCAUGGACUACAUCAGAAAGCCGCAGCGCUAUCUCAGACAUGCGAACGCGACCAACCCAGACGAGGUCGAAGUCCAGCCGACCGAGAUACGUCACAAGUCCGAGCGAUUUCGGCAAAGCCAUCUUUUGCAUCCUAACUUUUACACACUUACAAUCGAGUCUGAGAAGACUGAUUUUGGGCGCUGGAUGACGAGCGAGCCGGCAGAGGUUGUGGCUGAGUGUAUGGCUUUGCGCUUCUCCGCGGACUCUUUCGCUGUGGUGAACCCCGACGUGGUUGAGACUGUAGAGGGCGAAAGCUUACUUCUCAGUGAAGAACCAGACCACGAUGGUCUAGGGCCUGCUUUGCUUAGCGAUGCUGCGCCUGAGCCUAGAGCCGAGAGCUGGAGGGUUGCACAGCAUCCGGAAGAAGCCUCAAGAGACAGCAGUCGGGUUCAUUCGGUAUCCCAACGUCAAGCCUCGCUGUCAAGUCACCCUUCCAAUAGAAAUUCUUUGGAAGCUCUGCAGACAGACGUGCUCGGCGACAGCCCAACACUACCGCCACAACUUGUCUCGUCAUCCUCACACACACACUUGCAGGACAUGAUUCACUCAAACAAGGUCAUCAAGUCUGGUUUACAUCAGUCAUUAGCAAAUGACAGUGUUCCGUCACUCGCGCUAAGCCACCCGGACUCCGCGGCGGAGAAGUCAUCUAGCCAAGCGCCUCCUCCAGGACCAGCAACCACCGCGCCAUCGUCUGCAACUGAUGUACAAACCCAGAUUGCGCAUCUUCAGCGACAGAUCCUUCUCUUGCAUAACGAUUUGCAUUUUGAGAGAUAUUUGAAGCAGCAGCACAUGGCGCACAUUGGAGAGCUACGGCGACGGCAGGUUCGCGAAGCGGCAAGUGAAGCAGAGACGCAAAAUCUUAUUUUGAAUAACCGCACCUUGAAGAAACGUUUGGAGGAAUCGAAAAAAGCGGAGACGCAGAUAAGAAAGGAGUCCGAGAAGAGUCGGACAUUGGCCAAGAAAUGGGAGUUCGAUUUAUCCGCGAAAUUGAGAACAUUGCGAGAAGAGUCGAGGAAGAUGAAGGCCGAGAUUCAGUCUUUACAACAAGAGCUGCAAGCCGCAAGGGAGGAGUGCGAAAAGUUGAAAAAGCUGGUUUGCGACGCAGAGGUCAAGGAGCUGAAUUCGACGCAAAACAUGCAGUCCAUCGAAAUCGACGCUGCUGACAUUGAUCGUCUAAAGGCCGAAGUAGAGCGACUGUCGAUCUCCGAAAGGAACCUACAGGCAAAGGAGGCAGAAAGACAGGCGGCUCUUACCUCUGCGUCUCAGGCCGAGAAUAAGGCAACAAUGCUAGACGUGAAACUCAAGGCACGCGAGGAAGAGUUGCAGAAGACGAAGAAGUUAUUUCAAACGCAGAUUGGAGUAUUAAAUGCAAAGCUUCUGGAGGCGCACGAGGGAAUGCACAACCGACGGGCCGCUGAAACUAAGGCCGCGGUAGAGAGCGUGUUGGCAGCGAGUCGGGCAAAGCAAGCAGAGCUGCAGAAGCAGUACACGGCCCUGUUGCGGAAGUACACGGUGCUGCAGUCACAGAUGGAGGAAAGCAAGUUCACUGUUGGGUCGUCGAAUUCCCACAACCGCGGUGAUCUUCCUUUCCGCAUGGAUGUGGAUGGGGCGGAGUCGAUGCAUUCAACCAGCCCCGUUACGAUGAGAGGCAGUCGCUCAGGACUCCAUAGGGUCUUGUCGGACAACUUCCUUCCGUCAUCGUAUAACAACACACCGCCCAUAAUGACGCACCCGUCGACCCCGGUUCCUCCGAGCUCUCAAAUUGCUCCAGCACCGUCUAGCCCACCAGAGGGAGACGACACUGCCAGCCCUAGCACAACAGACCCACGAUACUUCGGCAGAGGUGAGUCUGGAGGAUCCCGGCUUCGGCUCAAAGAUGGAUUUUGGAGGAUCAACUAA